AUGCCCCGAUCCAUCCUCGCUGCUCUGAGCGGCGCUCUGCUUGCCAACACAAUACUCGCUGCCCCAACAGCAUCCUCAUGCACAGCAACGAGUUACAGCCAAGUCCCUGCGGCCGUCGCUUCAUGUACGGCAAUAACCCUCAGUAACAUUGCGGUUCCCGCUGGCAGCCAGCUUGACCUCACAAAAGUGAAGCCGAGCACUACUGUGACUUUUGCUGGGACAACGACGUUCGGCUUCAAGGCUUGGGAAAGUCCUCUCAUCUUGAUUGGAGGCACUGACUUCCACAUCACUGCUGCACCUGGGGCUGUCAUUGACGGAAACGGAGCGGCUUGGUGGGAUGGCCAAGGUGAUAACGGCGUCGAGAAGCCGGGCCACUUCAUCCAGGUCAAAGCCGCGGGUACCCAAUCGCGCAUUGAGAACCUCUUCAUUAAGAACUAUCCUGCUCACGGUUUUACACUUGGAGGGUCGUACCUGGUCGUCAAGAACGUCACUUUGGACAAUUCGGCUGGCGAUGCUCCGAACAGCCUCUCAGGGGGGAAGCCUGCUGCGCACAACACCGACGGCUUCAACGUGAAAGCCACAAAUGUCCUCCUCCAAGACAUUACCGUAAUCAACCAGGACGACUGCGUCGCCGUCAGCGGAGGCGCUGGAAACGUCACUGUAAGGAACGCCUCAUGUGACGGAAGUCACGGCCUGUCCAUUGGCAGUGUCGGCAGUGAUACAACCAUCAAAGAUGUUUUCUUCUACGACUCCAGGGUGAAGAACAGCCAGAACGGCGUCCGAGUCAAGACGGUCUCCGGCGCGACAAACAGCGUAGUCCAAAACAUUCUGUUCCAGAAUAUCACGCUUUCCAACAUCAACAAAUUCGGUAUUGUUGUGGAGCAGGACUACCUCAACGGCGGUCCAACAGGCACACCUACCAACGGUGUCAAGAUUCAGGACGUGGCCUUCAAGAGCGUUACCGGUACCGCUACGUCCAAAGCGAAGAACUACUACAUCCUCUGUGGUAGCAACAGCUGCUCGAACAUCACUUUCUCGAAUGUGAAGGUCACAGGUGGUUCCGGGGAUAGCUGUAACUUUGGAAAGCUCUGCUAG